CCUGCCAGCACCAGAUAUGGGUAUCAUUAUGAUUUGUAUUUAAUGAAGUCAUGCCACUAGAGCAGUGUAUUUAUGCUUUAUGUUCUUCUUGGAAGGGGUGGGGGCUUUAUAAAUGUAAAAGCUGAAUACCAGAAGUUCAGAGUAGUUCAGUCCACUUGAAGUAAAAACUUCUUCUAAUAACUCCAGCAAAAAAUACUUUAUUACCAGGAUGCAUGAGAUUGAAUUAAAAUAUGGAAAACAGAUUAAUUCUAAUGCAGAUCGUGAUGCCAGGAUCGAGAGAGAUCCUCCACCUCCUUACACAGGAAGUGAUUCAGUGAGGAUCAGAAAGUACAGAGUAGCUGUAGUGUGUUUGGUGCUGCUGUGUGUUCUUCUGCUGACUGCAGUCAUAGUGCUGUGUGUCCACAUCCAUACAAAAAACAGAAACUUGUAUGAAGGCAAAGAUGAAUGGAUUUACUAUCAAAGCAGUCUUUACUUAAUUUCCUCUGAGAGGAGGAGCUGGGAUGAGAGCAGAAGACACUGUAAGCAGAAUGGAGCAGAUCUGGUCAUCAUAAACAACAUAGAAGAACAAAAUUUUGUUAAAAAAAUAUCUCAUGGUGCUGAUCUCUGGACUGGUCUGACUGACAGAGAUGUGGAGGGCACAUGGAAAUGGGUUGAUGGCAGUACACCGACCUCUGGGUUCUGGGCAGCUGUAGAGCCAAAUGGAUCUGAAGACGAAGACUGUGCUCUGUCUGAAAAAGGAGGAUUGGCCGAUUAUCCAUGCCAUGACGCUUUUAACUGGAUCUGUGAGAAAAACAUUUGAAAAUAGGUCAUCACAUGAACUGCAGGGUUAUGUAAUAAUUAGGGCUGUAGAUUUAACGUUAAUUUAGUAUGAUUAAUUGGGGGAAAAAAAUAAUGCUUUAAAAUUCUUAACGCAUUUAGUGCUCCCGCCCUGCCCUCAUAUUACAUUGCAUACAGUAGAUUAUGAUGAACACAAAGUAGGAUGAUGACCGACUGUGUGAUGUAGCCUAGUAGAAUGCAGUUAAAUGCCCAUAAAAUAUCAUUAUAAUCAUUAUUUACUUUUUAUGCUUUCAGUGCUAUCAUGUGUAAAAGCAAAUGUAGUAAUUUGUGGUAAAUGUGGAAAUGCAUAAUAAAAUGUAACAUUAAAACCA